CACUGACGAUCGCGGAAAGAGCCCCGCUCCCUGCUAUCUAGCCAAGACGGGAAGCGGCGGCGCACGUCAACACCUUCCUCGCGCGACGGUUGCAGAACGACCCCGGGAUACAGACACCAUGCCGCGGCCUCGCAGCGAUUGACCGCGCGCCCAUGCAGACGCACACAAUCCGCGCGUCCCCAAACCGAUUCCAUGCCGCACUUCACGCCGACGCGCGCCCUCAUCGUCCUGGCCUCGUUCAUCCUGCUGAGCUUCCUCUGGACAUGGGGCCUGCCGCACCAGUACGCCGCGCCUGUGCUGCCUGCGCUCACCGAUCUCGCGACACAGGGGAAGCCCGCCGCGGGGCAGCUUUUGCCGGAGCCCUUGGUUGAGAACGCGGGCGAGGAAAUCAAUGGGCACGGAAAAGGCACACCGACGACACUCAAAACCGAGAUAGCACCUGUUCCGACGAGGGCCGCAGAUGUGGGCUCUGAGAAGAGCUGCAAAGAGGUGCGCGGCGCACAGGAUGUCAUGGUCGUUGUGCGGACAAGCAGGGCCGAGGUGGAGAGCGGCCUGCCGCCGCACCUGCUGAAGCUUCUGGCUUGCGCGCACCACGUCCUCAUCUUCAGCGACCACGCAGGCGAGAUCAACAGCUACCCCAUACACGAUGCGCUCGACCUCACGCCAAAGGCGACUAUCGCAAAGCAUGCCGAAUUCAUCGAGUACGACAAGAUGCAGGCGGACAAGAACUACAAGCCGACCCUGGAAAAGGCAAAAGCGCUCGACAAGUGGAAGUGGCUGCCCAUGGUCUACAGGACGGCGACAAUGGCACCGAACCAUAGGUUCUACAUGUUCAUCGAACCCGACACGAGCCUGAGCUGGACGAAUCUGCUGCAGUGGCUGGACCGCCUUGACUACCGCAUCCCCUAUUACAGUGGCGUGCCAAAUACCGUCGACGACACGAGGUACGCACAGCGUGGCCCCGGCAUCAUGCUCUCGUACGGCGCUCUGCAGCAGUACUGGCCGCGCUACGAGGAGCUGUAUGCGAGCGACUGGGAACCCCAAGUCGCAACCGCAUGCUGCGGCGACGUCGUCCUCGCCCGCGCCAUGAAGCAAGCCCGCGUCGAGUUCUAUUCUUCCUUCGGUCUGCUCGACCCCGAGAUGCCCAGCAAUCUGAUCUGGGGCCAGAAGUUCUGGUGCACCCCCGUCGUCUCCUGGCACCACCUGCCGCGCGCUCAUGCCGACCUGCUUUGGAACACGCAGGAAGCCUGGACGCGGAAGCAUGGUUGGGCGAAGCCGUGGACGCAUUACGAUGCCUACGAGACGUUUGUGAAGUCGUAUCUGGCGGAGCUGAAAGAAGACUGGGAUAACGUGUCGUCGGACACGCAGCUCGUGGCAGAGAAAGGGCGCCGCGAGAAACUGACCCAGCAGAAGCAGCCCGCGAACGCCACGCCCAACGACCUGAAGGACGCACACACCCCGCUAAACGCCGCCAAGCGCGACGAAGCCCCCGACGCCCUCCUCCAAGCCGCCGCCGACAGCCCCGCCUCCUGCAGAGCCAUGUGCCUGCAGACAGACGACUGCCUUCAGUGGAAGCACAGCUCCGCCGGCGACGGCGCGUGCCACCUCGGCAAAGCGCUGCGGCUGGGCGGCAAAGUCGCGACGCCUGACAAGGCGGCCCGGUGGACGAGCGGGUGGGUACUGGACCGUGUGGGGAGACUAGCGGAGGAGUGGGGGAGGUGUGAGCAGGUCGAGUGGAAGUUCAACCAGUAGGAUGGUUGGGCUUUUGAGGGGCGGAAAGGGGGCAGUGGCGGCGUGAUGGUUGUGCAAGAUAGCGGCGUGUAUUAGUGGUCCUCUUAUGAGGGGUGGAAUUUGUCUUGAUAUCCAUGCAUUGGGUUGAGAGUGGUGUUAGGAGUACUGGGUCGGUUUUGAGGCACGCACGGGUCGGUGUGAUUCCUGUAAAUACCCCGUUGUAGGAAUACAGAUGUGUAGUCUUGAGCUGAAAUGUAAGGAGUGAC